GCACUUCCGGUUUCCGUUUCCAAUUCGUCGUUGACCCUGACACCUCGGUCAACAACUUUCAUACAAGGCUAGGGCUAGGCUACACCAAUAUUUUUAUUUCGAUUUAGAUGCCCUGAGCAUCACAGAACUUUUAGAUAUGGCUGUGAAUAAAAGACCAUGGGAUCCAUGGAUGAUGUAUGACGCAACACCAGAGGAACUCCGAGCCAUCAAGGAACGUGGAAAAAUGAGACAAGCUUUGAGGUCGGAGUGGACAAAAAAAUUCACGAACCCUUGGAAAUCAAGUCACGAUGGUGGUUUUUUGUUUGAUCCCGCAGUGCAAAGAUUCAUUGCUCUGAAAGCUACCCAAGCAGAAAGGUUCAAGGGCACAUUCAGAUCUGCAGUUGUAUCCAGCAUUUUAUUUGUUUUGCCUGUAGCUAUUUUGAGUUACUCAACUAUCAGUAAGAAGGAAGAAAGAGAAAAACGCUUCCGAAAUGGUGAAGUCAUGUACAAAGACAGAGAAAGCAAAUUUUUCUAUUAGAUAGUGUUAUCAGUGCGAAUAGUUGUUUUUUUUGUGUGUGUGUGGGCGUUUGUAUGGAAGAGGAUUGCCGACCAAUGCUAUUAGUAGUUUGUGGAAGCAGUCUGUGCUUCUGAUUGGAGGAGAGUGUCACUAGUGUCAGUGUUUCUCUUGUAGAGGAACAGAAAUGAACUUGACAAGACAAGUAGCUGCAUGAUGCAAUUCUCAUCAGUCACUUAAGAAUCACCUCCCUUGAGAAUCACCUUGCAGAUGAAGCCAGUGAUCCAGAUAUGACUUAGUUUUCUCAACUCACACAAAAUGUUUUUCUGCUACAGGUUCUAGUUCUGUGUAAUGUGGAGAUUAAAAGACAGUUUGGCUAAAACUGUAAUGUCCAUGCAUCUAGUGGAAAAAAGUCUGCUUGAUUGAUGCACUUUUUGUGUUGGUCUUCUUUUGUUUUAUAAUAAACUUAAUUCUGACAGCCAUGAAUCAGGGCAA